AUGGCAAUCCCCGGUCAGCGGUUUGUCGUCGACCUCGAUGACGAGCAAGGUAUCAAUGUUGACAACACACCUGCCGCCUUCGACCCGUCCUCCAUCUCGCCUUUCGGUCUGAUCGGCGAGAUUCGUGAGCGUUCUCCGUCAGCGGCAGUCCCCCCCGCACCCAAACCUCCCACCGGAUCGACAGGCUUCCCUCAACACCGGCGUCGAGUCAAUCAGUCGGCUUUCAAGCAGCGACGAGCGAACAAGCAGCUGGAAUCAGCGACCUCCACACCGCGGGCAGUUUCCGAUGAGAAAAAGUCCAUCGAUGAAGAGAAUCGCCGGCAACUGGCGUCCAUGUCCCCCGGUCAAAUCGAGCUGGAAAAGGAAGAGCUAAUGGCUUCAAUGGAUUCGUCACUACUCCAGCGGUUCCUCCGUCGAGCUCAGAUUGACGACGACAAUGCCAUGCCUGCAUCAUCUACCCCGUCUUCCACCCAAGACCCGGCUGCGAAACCACGGAAAUCCGUCUCGUUUGAUAUUGCAGAGAACCCAGGGGAAGCGACAACACAGACUGCUCAGCAGCACUCUCCCCAGCACAGAAGAAAGUUCAAUCCCUCCGUAACAUCGUCCGUCCUCACGCCCGAGGAUCGUGCUCCCGCUCAACCACCCAGCGACCUUCUCCCCGCGUCGGAAUUCCCCAACCAUGAUGCCUUUCACUUCCCCACGCCGCCUCAGCAGCGCACCGCCCCCAACCUCGAUCCCUCGUCUCCCUCGUUCCUGUCCGACCUGCAAGCUCAUUACUUUCCGGAAAUCUCCCACAACCCUUCGGCAAUCUCAUGGCUCCAACCGCCUUCCGCCGACGCAGAGGACCCCGACUCCACCUCCGCCUACCACCCUGCCAGCAACGCCGCGGCCAUCCACCCCUCCGCGCUACGAUUCUCCCUCAUCGGGACGAUCCUCUCCCCUUCCACCUCGCUCUCUCUCCCCACCACUCUCGGCCUGCACCAUCACGGGAACGAUCCCCACGCCGCCGGCUACACCAUCCCCGAGCUCGCCAUUCUCAGCCGCUCGUCCUUCCCCGCCCAGCGCUGCAUCGCCUGGCAGGUCCUCGGCCGCAUUCUCUACCGACUGGGCAAGGGCCAGUUCGGAGAACCCGGCAGCCCGCUCGUCGAAGGCCUGUGGUCCGUCAUCGAGCACGAGGGCGUCGUCGCGGGGAUGCUGACCGAAGCCGAAGGCGCUUCGGCCGGGCCGACUCGCUCCUCCUUCUCCUCCUCCUCCUCCUCCUCCUCCGCGGUAGCGAACCGCACCGAUCCUUCGUCUUCUGCCGGCGGCGCUGCAGGACCAGCAACAAGUGGCAGCGGGAUAGGUCGGCACGCAAGUGCCUCUGCCUGGGCCGUCGAGGGCGUCUGGCUGUGGCAGACGGGAGGAAGUGGCGACCGGGGCAUUCUCAAGGAGAAUCAGAUCCGAUCGCAGUGA